GUCUCUCAAAAUAUUCUAAUCAGCAGUAGGAAAAUCACUUUCCCUUCAACACUGGCCAAGUUUGUCAUUGAUGGUUGUGUUUGUUUGAUUUAGUUGACCAGCUGGAAGCAGUGCAGAUUUGUAAUGCUUCUCAACUGAUCUAUUAACCCAUUGACGCCGGAUGCUGCGUCGCGCAACAUUGCCCCUAGCGCCGGUUGUUGCAUAACGCAACAUUGCCCCAAAUGCCGGUUGCUGCAUAACGCAGCAUUGUUGAUUUGUCAUUUUUUUCAAGGCGCAUGCAGCAUGUAAUGCACAAUCAUUAGUUCAAAUACACAUGUGGUGGGUGUUUUCGAUUUUUUAAGACCAUGUGACCAAAAAUGUGUUGUGUGAUUUGUCGAUAAUAACGUCAAUCAAUCAGCCAUACUCGCUGUUCUGCACACGUGCGUUUGUUUAGCUAUUUAACACCGGCGAAAAUGGCUGCGGUUACUGCGGAGACAUGCUGUGACAGUGAUGGAAGUGAUGUGGAGUUGGAGGGGGGUGAACAGAUUUUAAUCGAGGAAGAGAUAGAGGGAGAUGUGCCGGAAGACCCCUUAGAUAGAGAACAGGAGUGGGAUUUGUUUCGAGAGGAUGAUGAGGAGGAGGAAUUCCAAGGCUUCCAAGUGGACUGGCAGUCAGAUGGAUUUCACCCCCCACGUCAACAAAAGUUCACUCGGACACCUGGGCUAAAGGUGCCGAUAUCUGAAGAUGCAAGCCCUUUAGAUGUAUUUUCGAAUAUUUUCACUGAGGAAGUUUGGGAUAUGUUGGUGACACAGACAAAUGUAUAUGCUGAUCAGACGCGCGGUCACACACCAUCAAACUUAAAGUGGAGCGCCGUCUCAAAACAGGAAAUGAAAUCAUUCAUCGGUCUCUGCAUAACUUUUGGGAUAAUGAAACUACCAACUCGCCGGGAUUACUGGAGACAGAGCAAGUGGCUGUAUCAGACAAAUGUCCCCCGAGUGAUGGCACGAGAUCGCUUCGACAUGAUCUGGAGAUAUCUACAUCUCCAAGACAACACUGACCCUAAAGUGGACAAAUCGGACAAGCUAUGGAAACUGCGGUGCUUCUUGGACCUCCUCCUGAACCAAUACCAGGCCCUUUAUGAAGUUAAUGGUAUCGUGACCGUGGACGAGUCCAUGGUCAAGUACAAAGGGCGGCUGGCAUUCCGGCAGUACCUCCCCAUGAAGCCAGUAAAAUGGGGAGUGAAGGUAUGGGUGAUGGCAGAAAGUACAACUGGCUACGUCACCAGCUUUCAGGUGUAUACGGGGGCCACAGAGGGCAAGGCGGAGAUCAACCUGGCGCACCGCAUCGUCACCGACCUGGCCAGCCCAUACUACGGAUCACACCUGUCUGUUUACAUGGAUAACUUCUACACAAGCGUGCCCUUGCUGGUUUACCUGAAGGCAAGGGGAAUUCAGGCUUGUGGGACGGUGCGCGCAAACAGAAGGGGCCUACCGAAGACCAAGGAGCUCAGCAAGCAGGCUGGCAUGGCCAGGCAUCAGUAUCGGGUGGCUCAACAGGAUGAGCUGACCUUGUGCGUGUGGCAGGACACCAAGGCAGUAAUGGUCCUGUCCAACCACCAUGACCCCAUGGCUUUGGGGUCAGUGAAAAGGAAGAUCGAGGCUCAGCGUCAGGUGGAGGUCAAGGUGCCAGCCUGCCUUGCUGACUACCAGCAACAUAUGAAGGGUGUAGACCUGCUCGACCAGAUGGUGGGGUACUACCAAAUCGAUCACAGGUCUUCAAAGUGGUGGAGGAGGCUGUUUUUUUAUUUUUUGUCUGUGGCGUGCUACAAUGCAUUUGUGGCUGCCAGAUCUGCUGGUGGAGAUGAAUGGAAGUACAGGAAGAGUGGCUACAAAGCCUGGUUGGAGGACUUAACGAUGGAGCUGUGCGUCCCAGUAACCAAGAGAAGUGCUCCCCACCAGAUGCUCCCCACCAGCCUAUCUGGAGCUUCAGCUGGGCAUGAUCUGGCCCAGAUCAGCAACAAGAGAAAGACCUGCAGGGAUUGUGCCAAAAAGCACACUGGCACCAAUGUGCGCCCGGGGUCUACACUGAUGGGAUGCAGGCAGUGCAAUAUUCCCCUGCACCGCGAGUGCUUCAUGCACCACGUUCUACGACAGUAGUGUGUGUGUGUGUGUGUGUGUGUAUAAAAGAUGGGUGUGUGUGAGGUCAGUGUCAGUCUUUGGAAAUUUGUUCCUCCGGUCGUUUCCCCUGGUCAUUUCCUCCAGUUCCUCCUCAGGACUUUCACCACUUCUCCUCACUCCUUUCCCACCUUUCUCCCAUGACAAAGUGCCUUGUUCCAUGUUAGAUGAAUUAAUCUAUGUGUUGACAUGUUUUUAGAUCAAUUGAUCUGUGUUGAUAUGUCGUUCUUUAUAUGAAUGAAUCAUAUAAUACUGAUUUUUACUCAUCUGACUCUGAGAUUUGUUUUUUUUUAUAAAAAUGUGUUAGUGUUAAUGCUGAAUGAGCAUGAUCCAAUAAAAGCAGAGAAUUUUAUCUUUUAAAUGCAAUUUAUUUCAUGUCUCUAUGUGCUUCAGAGGCUGAGAUAUUGAAUUUUUCAUAGGCAUUUUCAAUUAAUUAUUUUUAUUUCAGAAAACCCUCAGGCAGAUGGGGACCUUUUCUAAAAACUGUCUUAGGCAUUUGCAGAUGUUUUUUUGCAGGCGUUUCAGGCGUCAAUGGGUUAAUGGCUCGAUUCCGCUAUCCCAACAUUUUAGCUGUAUUCAGCAGGUGGCGCUGUGAUCAGUCCUCCACUUCUGGGUCGUGCCCUGCCAAAACAAUACUCACUGUGACACUGGUUUGUAUAACGUUUCGCUGAAAUAAGAUAGAAUUAAUAAAUUUUAUUGAUGUUUAACUGGAAUAGACGCUUAUAAAAUGUUGUCAAACGUACAAAUCCGCGAAUUAUCACCCAUGCCACAUCCAUUAUUGUGCUUAAGUUAGGGCUUGUGGUCUGGGUAACUGCGUCUACUUCACGCGGCCUGUAAGAUAUAUUUGUGCUUAUCAUGCUUAUUGAUGGGCCAGUUAUUGUGAAAUCAUAAUGAUGUUUGAUUUUUUUUUUUAUAUUAAUCACAUACUUGAAUAAUCAAACAAAUAUUUCCUCAAAAGAAUGCAUACAUUUAAAUUUUGAUGAGUGCUGAUUCUAUAUUGGUGUAUAGUUCAUAUUUAGGAAUAAGAAUUCUGGUAACAGAAAUUAACACACACGGCUCCCUCAAGAUUGCCUGUGGUUAUGGAGAAUGUGGAGAGAAUGCAUGGACAUGCAAGUUCAAUUAGUUGAAACAAUCACAGCAUUCAGUAAUGCACGAGUCCUCGUGAGUUUUCAAACAUUUCAAAUUGUCAAUCCCCAAGUAUUUGAGAAGUUGAUGUCGAAAUACCAGCAUAACAUCCUAACUCUGGUUCAUAGCCCAAUUCCAAAAUCCACCCAAUAGUAAUAUCCCUCAUAUUCCUUGAAAACUUUCAAUGUUUUGAGUUGGGAAUGUAAAUUAUGAGCCUCUUCAGUAAGUAUAUGUUAAAACACCAAUGCGAACGUAAAUGAAAUUGGACGUGUCCAUUUCCUGCAAAUAUCACUCUAAUCAACUAAUGUCAAGGAGUCCAGGGGUUACACUCACAAUGACAAGAAUGACCAAAUUGACAAAUUUACGAUUUAACAGACUAUUUUCAUCACGAAAAACAUUUACUUGAUGGCUCCGUAUCUUUAAAAUUUACAAGAUGUUAUUAAACUUGAAACAAACCACAGUAAACCCUGAAUAAACAGUUUACUUUUGUUGGUUUGGGCUGUGCGGCGUCCACCAUUGUUGACAUUGUUGAACAAUCCAGUGACGCGCGCGCCACCUGUUGACUACUCCGCGCAUAUCAUAGUGGAACCGAGCCAUUAAAUAUGAAUCACUGUUGCAAGAUCCAAAGAGCAAAAUAUUUAACUUUGAACAUGAUGUAAUAAAGAAAAACAUUUGGAGCUGUAACUGUGAUGUUCUUUCUGCAUUAGCUCAUAACUGUUUGUUUAAUGUUGAUGGUUGAGGGCUUAAUUUUGCAGAUGAACAACUGUAAGUCUGUUCUGUUUGUCCUGAAUAUACUGGCCGAGCUGUUUGUCAGGAGAAGUUUAUUAGUUGUGUUACAACCCUUACAGUAGUCACUGGAGGGUCUCCCCAUAGUCAUUAAAUGUUUAACUGAGUGUUAGUCAAAUAAAACCCUAAAAUAAACGCCAUUUGCUGAUCAUGGCAAGUGCCCUGAUAUGCUCUCCGCAUGUUUAAAUAAAAAAAAUAAAAUAAAACUAUAACAAUGUAUCCAUUAUAAAAGUUAUGAUAUUGCUAAAAAUGGGCUUACCUGGGUGCAAACAUUUGCACUGAAACCCAGAUGUCCACCUGUGAUGUUAACGGCACUCGAGUACACCGUUUACCUUCGUUACACAGAACUAUCAAAUAAAAGCUUCUAAUUCAUUAAAGAAAUUGUUGGGCACCACUGCAUUUUUUUGUCUCUCUCCCUCUCUCUGUGUGUGUGCACGCGCAUAUGUUUUCACUGCUUCAGAUGAGUUAAAAGCAGAGAAAGAACUUCACUGUGCUGUAAUGUAUAUGUGACAGGCUUCUAAUUCUAAAAAUCGAAUAAAUCUUCUGUAAUCAUGCGAUUUUUACUGGCAACAAAAUCCGCGAAUCAACAGGCUUCAGGUUUACGAAGUUUAAAUCUCACUCAGCUCGAUGAUGCACGCGCAGUACUGAAACGGAUGCUUGUAAGCAUUCUGUUGCCCUAGCAACAUGAUUCUUGCUGUCAAAAAGAUCGCUUUUCUCAGUGAAUAAAACCAAACAAAAGUACAGUUAGGUCCAUAUAUAUUUGGACGCUGACACACAUUUUGUUUUUUUUUUUACCUGUUUACUGAAACAUAUUCAGGUUAUAGUUAUAUAAUGGACAUGGACAAAGUCCAGACUUUCAGCUCUCAUUUGAGGGUAUCCACAUUAAAAUUGGAUGAAGGGUUUAGGAGUUUCAGCUCCUUAACAUGUGCCACCCUGUUUUUAAAGGGACCAAAAGUAAUUGGACAAUUGACUCAAAGGCUAUUUCAUGGGCAGGUGUGGGCAAUUCCUUCGUUAUGUCAUUCUCAAUUAAGCAGAUAAAAGGCCCGGAGUUGAUUUGAGGUGUAGUGCUUGCAUUUGGAAGAUUUUGCUGUGAAGAAAACAUGAGGUCAAAGGAGCUCUCCAUGCAGGUGAAACAAGCCAUCCUUAAGCUGCGAAAACAGAAAAAAACCAUCCGAGAAAUUGCUACAAUAUUAAGAGUGGCAAAAUCUACAGUUUGGUACAUCCUGAGAAAGAAAGAAAGCACUGGUGAACUCAUCAAUGCAAAAAGACCUGGAUGCUCACAGAAGACAACAGUAGUGGAUGAUUGCAGAAUAAUUUCCAUGGUGAAGAGAAACCCCUUCACAACAGCCAACCAAGUGAACAACACUCUCCAGGAGGUAGGCGUAUCAAUAUCCAAAUCUACCAUAAAGAGAAGACUGCAUGAAAGUAAAUACAGAGGGUUCACUGCACGGUGCAAGCCACUCAUAAGCCUCAAGAAUAAAAAGGCUAGAUUGGACUUUGCUAAAAAGUAUCUAAAAAAGCCAGCACAGUUCUGGAAGAACAUUCUUUGGACAGAUGAAACCAAGAUCAACCUCUAUCAGAAUGAUGGAAAGAAAAAAGUAUGGCGAAGGCGUCGUACAGCUCAUGAUCCAAAGCAUACCACAUCAUCUGUAAAACACAGCGGAGGCAGUGUAAUGGCUUGGGCGUGCAUGGCUGCCAGUGGCACUGGGUCACUAGUGUUUAUUGAUGAUGUGACACAGGACAGAAGCAGCCGGAUGAAUUCUGAGGUAUUCAGAGACGUACUGUGUGCUCAAGUCCAGCCAAACUGAUUGGUUGGCGUUUCAUAAUACAGAUGGACAAUGACCCAAAACAUAAAGCCAAAGCAACCCAGGAGUUUAUUAAAGCAAAGAAGUGGAAUAUUCUUGAAUGGCCAAGUCAGUCACCUGAUCUCAACCCAAUUGAGCAUGCAUUUCACUUGGUAAAGACUAAACUUCAGACAGAAAGGCCCACGAACAAACAGCAACUGAAAACUGCUGCAGUAAAGGCCUGGCAGAGCAUUAAAAAGGAGGAAACACAGCGUCUGGUGAUGUCCAUGAGUUCAAGACUUCAGGCAGUCAUUGCCAACAAAGGGUUUUCAACCAAGUAUUAGAAAUGAACAUUUUAUUUACAAUUAUUUAAUUUGUCCAAUUACUUUUCAGCCCCUGAAAUGAAGGGAUUGGGUUUAAAAAAUGCUUUAGUUCCUCACAUUUUUAUGCAAUCAUUUUGUUCAACCCACUGAAUUAAAGCUGAAAGUCUGAACUUCAACUGCAUCUGAAUUUUGUUCACAAUUCAUUGUGGUAAUGUACAGAACCAAAAUUAGAAAAAUGUCUCUGUCCAAAUAUUUAUGGACCUAACUGUAUGGCACAAAAUGAUCAAUAAUCGGGCUUACUUUUAGACCCAAACGCUUGACACUCGGGCCUCUUUAGGGUUGUUUACAACAAUUUAGAAGCGAUGUGUCGACGAGAUCCAGUCGCCUCAAUGAGUCAUGUAGUGUAUAGGUGACUUCACGAUUUGUACUUGGUGCGAUAUUUAUUUGGACCUCGGAGAGAGUAAGAUGGUGGCGCCCAGGGAUGAUGUUUUUCUUUUAAAAUAAAAUCUGCACACAGUAUACAGGCACAAAUAUGAAACAGUCUUGUCUGGAUAUUAUUUGUCGGUGUAAAGGAGUUUACUUUUGGGUUUUGUUUGACUUUAAUCAAGAAACCUUGUUAGAUUGGAGGAGAAUGAAUGAGGUGAGUGAACACCGAUCCUCCCAUAAUCCCUAUAUUCCACUUCAGGCAGGCUGGCAGUGUUGUAGUCGAGUCACUAAACCUCAAGUCCGAGUCCAAGUCGUUACAGAAAAUUUUGAGUCGAGUCCGAGAACAAGACUCCAACUGCACCAUUUUAUGGUGGCUAUUGCUGCCUUUAUGUGAAAGCGUCUCUGCUGCUGUGUUGAACUAACGUUACUGCUCGACUGCACCAUUUUAGAUAAUAGCCUACAGAUAAAAAGCUUGUUCAUCGCUCUGCAAGCCCCGCCCACUAUCAACAGGGCAAUUAACACGAGAAAGGGUUAACACUCGCUAGUUCAUCAAGCCUCGCCCACUCUCAACAGGGCAAAUAACACGGGAGAGGGUUAACACUCGCUAGUUCAUCAAGCCUCGCCCACUCUCAACAGGGCAAAUAACACAAGAAAGGGUUAACACUCGCUAGUUCAUCAAGCCUCGCCCACUCUCAACAGGGCAAAUAACACGAGAGAGGGUUAACACUCGCUAGUUCAUCGUUCAGCGAGCCUCGCCCACUCUCAACAGGGCAAAUAACACGGGAGAGGGUUAACACUCGCUAGUUCAUCGUUCAGCAAGCCUCGCCCACUCUCAACAGGGCAAAUAACACGGGAGAGGGUUAACACUCGCUAGUUCAUCGUUCAGCGAGCCUCGCCCACUCUCAGCAGGGCAAAUAACACGAGAGAGGGUUAACACUCGCUAGUUCAUCAAGCCUCGCCCACUCUCAACAGGGCAAAGAACACGGGAGAGGGUUAACACUCGCUAGUUCAUCGUUCAGCGAGCCCCGCCCACUCUCAACAGGGCAAAUAACACGGGAGAGGGUUAACACUCGCUAGUUCAGCAAGCCUCGCCCACUCUCAACAGGGCAAAGAACAUGAGAGAGGGUUAACACGCUAGUUCAUCGUUCAGCAAGCCUCGCCCACUCUCAGCAGGGCAAAUAACACGGGAGAGGGUUAACACUCGCUAGUUCAUCGUUCAGCAAGCCUCGCCCACUCUCAACAGGGCAAAUAACACGGGAGAGGGUUAACACUCGCUAGUUCAUCGUUCAGCGAGCCCCGCCCACUCUCAACAGGGCAAAUAACAUGGGAGAGGGUUAACACUCGCUAGUUCAGCAAGCCUCGCCCACUCUCAACAGGGCAAAGAACAUGAGAGAGGGUUAACACGCUAGUUCAUCGUUCAGCAAGCCUCGCCCACUCUCAGCAGGGCAAAUAACACGGGAGAGGGUUAACACUCGCUAGUUCAUCGUUCAGCAAGCCUCGCCCACUCUCAACAGGGCAAAUAACACGGGAGAGGGUUAACACUCGCUAGUUCAUCAUUCAUCAAGCCUCGCCCACUCUCAGCAGGGCAAAUAACACGGGAGAGGGUUAACACUCGCUAGUUCAUCGUUCAUCAAGCCUCGCCCACUCUCAACAGGGCAAAUAACACGAGAGAGGGUUAACACUCGCUAGUUCAUCAAGCCUCGCCCACUCUCAACAGGGCAAAGAACAUGAGAGAGGGUUAACACUCGCUAGUUCAUCAAGCCUUGCCCACUCUCAACAGGGCAAAGAACAUGAGAGAGGGUUAACACUCGCUAGUUCAUCGUUCAGCAAGCCUCGCCCACUCUCAACAGGGCAAAUAACACGGGAGAGGGUUAACACUCGCUAGUUCAUCGCUCAGCAAUCCCCGCUAUCAACAGAGCAAUGAAUAUAGCGUGUCACUUCCUUCUCUGGGUGGAGCCUUACCAAAUGACGAUUGAAGUUCGAGGUUGUCCCUGUCAUCUCGAUAGUUCUUCUACAUAUGGAACACAUAGCAGUGCAUUUUUUUCCCCACUGCACGAGAAGUCUGUGUAAGUAAAGCGGACAAUCCUUGGGGCUUCUCUCCAGGCAUUUUAGUGCCAUCAACGUUAGUUUGUUCCUGAACAUGAUGUAUGAACAGGUGAAUGUGUGUUCUCUUGCACGAAAUUAGUAUAAAAAUUAAUGUAGAUAUAAAUAUCUUAUGCCAAAUUAUUAUGGCAUUUUACAAAAAAAAAAAAAAAAAAAAAAUCAGAGUUCUUGUGUCCAUUUUACGAGUCCGGAUGCAGUUAAUGUACGAGUCCAAGUCAAGUCAGGAGUCCUUAAAAUUAGGGCACGAGUCGGACUCAAGUCCAAGUCUUGGACUCGAGUGCUACAAGCCUGCAGGCUGGUAUGGGCUUGUGGGUAGCAAAGGUGUGGUUAGUUGACCUGUAGUUAUGAAAUAUGGUUAUCAGUGCUACAGACAUGUAAUUGCCAAAAUAUUCAUGCAGAUUUUACCAUUUUGAUUUUUUUUCCCCUU